UCCUAAAUCUGGGGAACCAGUGACGUUUAUAUGAUUUCAUGGGGAUGUCAUCAUUUUGCGCUUAAAUCUGAUGGAAGGAGCUCAGCUGUCAAAAUGUGUAUUGUACACGUGGGGAGCCAACAGUUACGGCCAGCUCGGACAGGGAAACACGGAAGAUCAAGCCGAGCCGCGGCGUGCAGACGGCGGACUGCAGGCAGAGCAGAUUCGCUGUAUAACCGGAGGAGGCGGACAUUCGGCUGUCAUCACUGAAUCAGGGGAUCUGCUGAUGUGUGGACAGAACCACAAAGGUCAAUUAGGGCUCAGUCACACGUCAGAGGUCAUAACCUUUCAACCCUGCCCUUUGCCUGGGUGCGCAAGAGUUCAGCAGGUGUCCUGUGGUUGGGACUUCUCUGUUAUCCUGACUGGUGACGGUCGGGUUUUGGCAUUCGGCUCCAAUGCAUUUGGACAGCUGGGCGUCUCGCCAAGAAUAACACACUCAGCAGAACCUUUACACGUGAAGACCCUGGAUGAGCCGGUAACUAGUGUGGCUGCAGGGCUCAGACAUGCAUUAGCAAGUACAGCAUCAGGUUGUGUUUAUCAAUGGGGAACUGGCCUGUCGAGUCACGCUAAGAGAAUGUUAAAUCCCCAACCUGUUCCUGCACAUCUAUCCUCUAAGGAGCCCUGCCUUGUCCCGGGGUUUGAUCAUGUGACCCCACAGAAGGUAGUUGCCGGCUCCACCCACUGCAUUUGUUUGAUAGUCGAAGGUGACGUGUUUUUCUGGGGAAGCAAUAAACAUGGUCAGCUGGUCAGCGAGAGCCUCUUCCUGCCUCUUCCUGUGGCUCUGGAUCGAUCUCCGCUGCGGGGAGAAAGAGUGACCGACGUUCACAGCGGCUGGACGCAUCUUGUCGCAAGAACAGAGAGUGGGCGGGUCUUUACAUGGGGCAGAGCAAAUUAUGGACAGCUAGGACAGACCAAUCAGAGUACGGAAAAAGAAUCUGAUGUUUCAACAAGUUUUGGCCAAAGUAUAAGCCGCCCCGUCGAGGUUAAAGCUUUAUUUGGAGCAACACAGAUUGCAUGCGGAUCUGAACACAACUUGGCUGUUGUGGGGGGUCGGAUCUACUCUUGGGGCUGGAAUGAACACGGAAUGUGUGGAGACGGUUCCCUUUGUGACAUCACACAACCGCAGCCAAUCCCCCGCCUUAGAGACACUCCGGCUCUUCUGAUUGGCUGUGGAUCAGGACAUUCAAUUGCACUAUGCAGUUUGAAGAGCAACGAGGAUUCGGCAAGCUGAACAGGUUUGAGCAUUUGGCUCUCAGAGUCUGUGACAAAGACUGUUUGCUUACGUUAUGGUUUUAAUGAAUUAUUCAGAAAGAUUCGUUUAAACCUUUAAAGGACAGAUUUUAGAUCAAAGUCUCAGAGAUGCAAAUACUACCCACGGAUGCACACAUUAUGCUUAUGACAUCAGGACGCGCCCAAAAUAAACAUGUUUUAGAAAGAAGAACACUAGGUCUAUUUGUAGCUUCAUGCAAAUAUUCAUUGCUUAAAUUAGAGACAUAUUCUAAAUUUGAAUAUAUUAAAUGUUCAUGUUUAGUUGGCCAUUAAGGAAAACUAGAAAUAAAAAUUCUCACUCUCACUUUGUUGUAAACCUGUAUUGCUUUUUUCUCCCACUGAAUAGUAAAAAUAGAUGCAUUUACUGAUAUAUCUGGGCUUGCACAUACUGUACUAGCGCCUUUGCAACCAUUCAACCAUUGGAAGAACAGACAAAUUCAAUCAGAUGCUCAUUCUCUGGAUGGGUUUAACAGUUCACUGCUGAAAAUGACCAUUUAUGCUUCCUUUGUUGUAAUCGACGGUCAAGGAUCAUUUUCUCUGACCUUUUACCUCACCGUGAGAGAAAAUACUCUUAAAUAACCUUCACUGUAGAGCCAUUAACUGAAACAGAUUUACUGCUUUGAAACGACCUGUCUAAAAGCACUUAAUCUCCCAGAAUACCCAGUGAUGGGGCAAUCAUUUGAUCCCAGAGUGGUAAUCUACUAAAGACUGGGCAGGGGGAGGUUUAAAAAGUGAUUUUUCACUAUUAUUUACAACAGGAUCUGAUUUUUGGUGGGUUUAAAUCAAAUAUUUUUGUUAUAAGAAACAAUAAAUACAAGUUUGUGAAUCAAAACAACUCCUUUUCUGGUUAAAAAAAAAAAGAUUUUCAAAAGCCGACUGUAACAUUUUGUCCGUCAAAAAAAUAACAUGCAUGGUAGCAUUUAUGAGCACCCUGCUACUAGAUUUUUUUUUUUUUUUUGUAAAUGAAUUGUAAAAUAAAGUAUAUCUAUCUAUCUGU